UGCCUGGCGGAGCGCCCUGAUUGGCUGACAGCGGCCCAGGAGGCGCAGUGCAGGCUCGUGAUUGGCUGACAGCUGUCGAUGAGGCGGGAUCAUCUCAGCUCCGACUGUCAAGAUUGGCAAAGAGCUGGCGCUGCUGCGUGCAGGUAAAAAGGAACAAGCGACACAAAACAGAAAACAUUUAUCUUGGCAGAAAGCGAGGAGUGCGAUGGAAACGGAGUCUCCGGUGAAACCUUUCCGUGCGGCAGAACCCCAAAAGCGAGGCAUUUAAGUCGGUGAAAAAAGCGCAACACCUUCAGCUUCUUGGAAGAAAGUGCCGUUGUGUCAACCAUCGCUUGGCUCGCGGGCACGCUUUGUACAGCAAGCAACUUGGACAGCUGCGUGUUUUCAAGCAAGCCAUCAACAAAGAAUGAAAGCAUUCAAACGAGCUCUGGAAGAAGAGCAUCGCCCGGAGCAGGAGCACUCCUCGGCUGUGUCGGACAGUGAUGACGGCUCCCCGCUCGACCUGUCAGGAAGGGGGCUCUUUGGGAAGCGCCGUCGCCGCGGCAACCUGCCCAAGGAGGCGGUGCAGAUCCUGCGGAGCUGGCUGUACGAGCACCGCUUCAACGCCUACCCGUCUGAGCAGGAGAAACUCAGUCUGUCGGGCCAGACCAACCUCUCUGUGCUGCAGAUAUGUAACUGGUUCAUCAAUGCACGUCGCCGCCUCCUCCCUGACCUGCUCCGCAAAGAUGGCAAAGAUCCCACCAAGUUUACUAUCUCCCGCAAGGUUGGCAGUAAAAGUGAAGGCCACUCGUCUCAUGGAGGCGGAGCCAGCUCUCCAGAAAGCAACUCUUCCACCUCCUCAUCUCAACAACGCCCGUCUGUCAUCCGCUCUGCCCCUACACUGGACCUCAGUCUCCUUGGGAGCACAGCGACGGCUAUUCUGACAGGAGCGGGCUACCCUGGUAAGGAAGGGUCGGUGCAGGCGCUGAUGAAGCUCGAUGCACAAAGUCUGCUGAGAGAAGCAGAGGAGCAGGGGGUCAAUACGGUUUGUCUCACCAGCACAACAAUGGCAGCUAGCCCCACCGGUGGUCUCUUCAACACGCCUCCCCCAACUCCUCCCGAGCUGUUCCCCAGCCAGGACUUCAGCGACUUGAGGCUCCUGGUCGACGCUGCUCUUCAGAGGGCAGCAGAGCAGGAGAAUCAGAAGAGGCUCCAGGAAAGCCAGAACAGACCUACAGAGGCUGUAAAGACUGAAUCAGUGGAGGCACAGUGCAGUGCUUACGGUAGUGACAUGGGACCUACACCGCCUCCAGAGGACAGCCAGCAAGUCAUGGAUCCUUCCAGGGUGCAGAGUCUGAUGGAGAAGGCUAUGGCUGUUCCUGCGUCAGCUGUAACUUCAGUAAAGGCUCCAGUGCCUCUGUCUUUAGCAGCCUCUGGUCCAGUCCAAGCUCCAGUCUUGGUCCCAGCCCCAAGGCUAUCUCCUCUCCCGAUGAAUAAAGUCAUCUGGAGUCCCUUGGAGAAGGACACUGCCAGAGCCUCCAGCCCAAACCAGACUCAGCUCACCCCAGCCCAUCUGCCAACCAUAGUGCCAGUGCCUGCCUCAGUUUUAGGACAGCCGAAUUCCCAGAAACCAGCUGCUGCUCCAGCCCUCACCCCAGCUCCAGCCACAAGCUCAGUUCCAGCUCCACUGCCCACCGUGUGUCCUACGAGUGCGUCAGUGGCAGCCACAAGGCCAGUCUCGUUGCCAUCACAAGUCCUCCCAGCCACAAGUCCCACCUCCAUCACUGCUCCAAGCCAGGCGUCACCCCACACCGUAGCGCUUGUUCCAGCUGCUCGUUCUCCAGCCAUCGCCUCUUUCACAGACCCCAGAGGAGUCCCUCUUUACCUGCCGUUCCACAAAUCCCCCAUAAUCCCAGUCACAGUUCCAUGUCCAUCACCACCAGUUUUAACCACAGCGUCGUCUCCAGCCCCUGUUCACAACCCAGUCUUUGCCUCUGCCCAAACUCCAACUCCUCUCCCUACUUCAGCCCCAACAUCCUCCUCUAUGCCAACAGUUACACCUCUCCUGGGCCUUGCUUCCCACCUCACUGCUCCUCUUCAGCCUUCCUCCUCCACCAGCAGCAGCAGUAGCAGUAUAAAUAGUAGUGCACAGAGAAACACAGCAGUGGUGCCCAGUGUUUGGAGCAUGGUCCAUGCUGAUACCAGGCAACCCACUUCUCUUCAAGUUGUAAAGACCCCCAUCACCACAGUGUGGGGCCCUCAGCACAGCCUGCACACAGUGAGUGAAACUGUGAACUAGGAGCUGGAAGUUGGCACCUUUUUUAAAUAUAUAUAUAUAUAUAUAUAUAUAUAUUUCUGCGGAGGAGAGAGGCCAAACACUCCUGUUGGCUGGACAACACUGUAUAUAGGAGAAUGUAUCUUCGUCACCAGGCCCCCUUUUUGUCAUCAAUGCCUGUGCCUGCAGAAUACAGGGAACGAGAUCUGGGACACAAUGAAGUAACAAUUACGGGGUGUUACAGAGACUUGCUGUUUAAAGCAACUUUUUAUCGUUUAAAUAUGCUGUUCUUGAUGGAGACACCUGCUGGUAAGAACACUUUGAUGUCAUUUCUCACAAGGAACAUUCCUGACAGAGCAGAGUAAAUGUAUUGUACAAAGUUUUUGAUGCCGAUUUUUCAAAUCUCUUUCCACGUGACAGAUAAUGGAUGAGGAGGAAAUAUCCCUUAAUUGUACACAGUGUACUUUGGUAUCAUUUUCAGGACCAGCAGUUAGCCUCUUCAGUAGCAGUACUGGACUUUAUUGAAUGUACAAAAGACACUGAUAUCAUUGGCUAGGCUGCCUAUCAUCCAUUCCCCUCCAGGAUAAAAAAGGAGGACAUGAGUGUUUGGUUUUUUUUUUAAUCCUCCACACAGAGCAACACCAUCAUAGUAAUGCAGAUUUUGGUCUGGUUUUCUCUCUAGCAUAUUUCCCUCUCUUUUUCCCUCGGAGCUGAGCAGAAGGGGAAUUGAUUGUACUGCAGCGAGCCUGACUGAAUGACUCGCCUCAAUGUGUCUGUCUCCAUCCUGCCCCUCCUUCCUGUCUUCCUGUCUUUUUAUAGCUAAGGGGAUUCAUUGGCCCUGAUGAAUUGUCCUCUCUGCCACUCAACACAUGCGCUCAAGUACCACGUGUUUCUUUGUUUGCCAUAGAAACAUCUUUUCUGUGUUUUAGCCAAAGGCGAGGCAGUCAUGUCCGUCACUUUAUGCGACCAUGAUCAGUUGUGUGCGACUUUCAGGGAUUGUAGUUGAGGGGGGGGAGGGCUAUUGAUAUAGGACGAAGGGGAGAGGGUCACAUUGGAUCUGUUACAGAAAUCGAUUUCAGUUGAGAGGUGAGCAGCUUGGCGAUCUGAUGACAUCAAGCUCUCACAGCUCCUGGAUUGAAACGUUACACUUGCUGCAAGACUUGGCGCCUUUUAUCUUCUGUGGUGGGAAUUCACUUUAAACAUUGGUAGAGAUAAAAUUAUUCAGAUUUCCCUGUCAAUUUGGGGCCUUAUGAUUUGGUCUGUGUAUUUCAAACCUGAAUGUCUUACUAGUGCAAAGAUGAAUUGAUGCAUGUAGUGUGUAGGCAACGCAAAUGUAGCACAUUUACUGAAAUAGCUGGAAUUUGCUCGGGGGGGUUUCCUUCCCAGCAUAAAAAUCCAAGUUUUUCCUCAUCAGUGCUUUCCACCUGUGUUUAGAAAUGGUUUCUAGAGAUUUCUAAUCAUUCAUAAAGCUGUAGUUUCCAUGAAACUGUCGUAGCAUAAUCCACGAUAUAUGGCUGAAUGCCAUCAGGGCAUCUAUUAACAGUAGCGUCAUGUGGAGGAGUUCCGAUGUGAAUAAUACUUUAGCAGGAUUGUGCAUCAAAUCUUCAAUACUGUCUUGUUCACCAGUGUCUUGAGCUGUGGUUGGUUAUAACGGUUACAAUUUACAUGUGCAAGGAGUUGGACAGAAGGAGAAUGUCUGUCUGAUGUCAGGUCAGAGUACUGCUGAGCACAGACCCUGCGAAAACGUCACGGCUGAUAUCAACUCUUUCCACUUCUAUUUUGUUUGUCCCUUCUCACUGCCAGUAAUGCGCUGUGGACGUCACUAGAGGAGUUUGGGUUUUUUUUGUUUUGUUACAGGUACUCACUAGACUGAUGUGCAUUUAUACCUCAAUUUACACAGAUCAUGUCAGGCUUGGGUCAUAUGUAGAAUACUAAGUAUUAAAGUAAUAUUUUAUUGUUCAUACUACAUCAUGCCACUGUGACAACACCUUUAUCGGUUUAGAUACUGGAAAUGGCUGGCUAAAGAUUAGGCAGGCAUGUGGGGGUUUUUUUCUUUUUAAUAGCAAGGUUUCUAUGUGAUUUUUAGAUGCAACAUGAUGCUCCAAUCAGAUCAGACAAUGUGAUGAUGCGUGUAAAUAUUUUCAAGGUCAUGUUUUUGUUUUUGUUUUGUUUUUUGUAUUGGCAUGAACUUUAUCUCAAACUAUGUAGUUUUCUUACAGCCAAAUGCAUUCAAAAAUGUUUUUCAAGUUCAUGUUGUGAAUCAUGACUGACCGUUGGCAGUAUGACUGGCUGCUGUGCCUUAAACCUACGACUGAGGGAUGAUGUCCCUUUUUUAUAUAUAAAACUUCUCAAUAGUCUGUGCAAUAUAUGCCUUAAACUUUAAAUGUGUGUUUUGUAUAAACAUUUCAAAGAAAUAAAAGUUCAGUUUUUCUUACAUGCUCUUUCAUA